AUGGCAAACAUCACGUUCGACCUGCAAUGGCGGGAGGCCAUGACGGACCUGCUGGAGCAACUAGAGGCGGAGGCUCCGGAGGACCCCGCUCUGGCCCCGCAGACGCUCACCGACUACGCGUGCAUGUACAUCAAGUACUUGCAGAUCUACAACAAGCUGGAGGAGUCGUACGACCAGAUGGUGCAUCCCCAGAAAAGGCUGGACCUGAAGAAAGCGCUGGAGGCGUGCAUCGGGCGGCUACUGGAGGUGAAAGCGUGGCUGGUGACACUGAACGACGGACGCGACGUGGUCAAUCUGGACGACACCCUGGUGGACCUGAAGCUGGGUCCGGACGUCCUGGAGGUCCGGGUGCCCCGGUACUACCGGAACGACCGGGCAGUAGAACUGGAGAGCCGCCAGCAAUUCUUGCUCGCGCUGAUGGAGAAGUACGAGCGGCCGGCGACAGCCGAUGACGCGGCCGCCACCGCGGCCGUCCCCGAACCCUCGGCCAUGUCGCAGGAGGAGGCUAUCGCAAUCCUGCAGGCGAACGAGCGCGGCCGCCAGGCGCGCGCGCGCGUGAAGGCGCUUCUGGGCGCGCGCGCACAGCAGGAGGAGGACCUGCGGCGGCAGCGCAUGGGCGGCGACAAUAUGAGCGCGGAGACCGCGGCCAUCAAGAUGCAGGCGGCCGCGCGCGGCUUCCUCGCGAAGCGGCGCGCGCGGCGGAUGGUGAACGAAGAGCUGGUCUUCAUAGGGAUGAAGCCACCCGCGCGCGAGUCCGCGCGCGAUCCCGUCCUGCGCGAGGUCCAGAACCUCGCGCGCCGGAAGGGCGUGCAGGCGGCGAACCGGAUCGAGUACGAGGAGUGCGUGGUUAGCAUGAAAAAACGGGUUAAGGAGAUCGAGGGCCAAGAUAUGCGGGAGAUGGUCCAGGACCGGGUUAACAAGUGGUUCUUGGAGAACCGGGACCCGGUGACCGGUAACUACCCGGACUUCCCGGGACCUGACGUGGGCGGCUCGAAGUUUAUUUUGAAUCCCCCAAUUGUGGAUCCGAACGCGGGAGAAGAAGAGAACGCGAAAGACGGGAAAGGAAAGGGGGAUAAGAAGGAAGGUGACAAGAAAGACAAGGUGGGGGACAAAAAGGGGGGGAAGGACGAAAAGAAGGGAAAGAAGGACGCACCCGAGGAGCCCCCCCCAGAGCCGGCGCCCGCGUGCUUCUUUGCGAAGCAUGUCAAGGACGCGGUCCAAUCGUACUGCGCCACGUGGCAGGACAAGGACGAGACAACCAACUUCGUUCAGAGGCACGACGUGGAGAUGGUCAAGGCGACGCUGCGGCCGCUCGUCUUCGAGGAAGUGCGACAGGAGGUGGACGUCGAAAUGGCGGUUCUGCUGCAGAAGCUCAAGGACAUGGUCGCUGCGGAAAAGGCGGGCGGGUCGCCCAAAAAGGGCAAGAAGGGCGGGAAAAAGGGCGACAAACAAGGCAAAAGUGGCGACGGUGCGAAGAAGGAAAAGAAGCCCAAGGGCGAGAAAGCGGAGAAAGGAGGGGGCGGCAAGAAGGGCAAAAAGGACCCCACGGGGGAUCGCAGCGCCGAAUCGCUGUACGCGGAGUUAGUGAGUAACGGCAUAGUGCAGCCCUGCCCGCCACGUGGCUUCGCGGAGUUCGUCGGCGCGUACAGCUAUCUGGGGACGACGCUCGAGAAGGCGGACAUCCGGCCGGACCCGUCGAUCGCGCAGGUGCGGCAACUGGUGACCGAGUACUGCGUUCUCCCCAUCGGCUCCCGCUUCGUGCACGAGAACGCGCCCUUCGUCCGGUCGGUGCUGCUCUACGGGCCACCCGGGUGCGGCAAAACGCUGCUGGCGCACGCGGCGUGCCACGGCGCGGGCGCGAACCUGAUCAACCUGAGCCCGGCCGCGAUCGCGGGGCGGUACGGUGGCAAGCAGGUGGCGCUCAUGCUGCACCUCGCGUUCAAGCUCGCGCGCGUAAUGGCGCCAACAGUCAUUCUCGUCGACCAAGUGGAGCAGGUGUUUUCAUCCGACAAAAAGAAAGCAAAGAAGAAGCCCAAGGAUGGGGAGGGUGGGGCGGAGGGCGAGGCCCCGGUAGAGCCCCCCAGUCGCAUCAAGAAAGAGCUGCUGAAAGAGAUGAAGGGCCUCGCGCCUGGGGACCGGGUCGUUGUGAUCGGGUGCACGUCUCGGCCGCAGGACUGCUCGUCUUCCGACUCCAAGGCACUCAUCGGCGCCUUCGCAAAGCACAUCCACGUUCCGCUUCCGGACUACGCCUCGCUCCGGCUGCUGUGGCCGGCGCUGGUCGAGCGGAACGGCGGAGGGCCCCUGCCGACCGACUUCGACCUCUCCACACUGUGCACAAUGAGUCUUGGCUACCCGCCCGGGGCGAUCGACCGGGCGCUUAAGAUGGUGCUCACGGAACGACGGAGAAUGAAGCUGGCUGAGAAGCCUCUAAGUCUGGACGAGAUCAUGGCUGGGCUGUACCGACAGCAGGCCGUCAACAAAGAGGACGACCAAGCGCUACGAGAUUGGGCGACCAAGCUGCCCGUGAACCAGCCCAAAACGCCGCCCGAAGAACCGGAGGACGCCAAGAAGAAGGGCGGGAAGGACUCGAAGGGUGGCAAGAAGAAGUAA